AUGUCUUUACAACUGAAUCCACAUAUCGUCAGCGCAUUGAAAAGUCUUUUGUCUUUUGUUCUGGCUCGAUCGAUGUUUCCCGUCAUCCGCUCUGUCCAUCUGUCAAUUGCAUUUAAAGCAAAUAUCGCCCAUAAGAAAUGGGCUAUAAUAAAGCAAUAAAUGUACACUGUGCAACAACAAGAGAUUGUUAAGCAGCAUAGACCGGCAGUGCUUAUUUCAGUCUUAUCGUCAUUGGAAAUGCUUGACAAUAAAUUAGAUUUUGUGCAAACUCUCCCGUCCGAUCAAUCCACUCAGUGUCCGUCCACCAUGAUGGUGCAAAUAAUGGAAAAGAAUACCGAAAAAGAAACACCCCAGGCAAAUCGCAGGUUCGUGUGAUUUAUAUCACAACAAAAGGGUGGAGGGGCGAAAAGGAAUCACAGAUCGAAGAUUAGGUACACUUCAUCGAGAAAAUACUAAUCACCAUACUAUCGAGGAACAUUUUAUGGGUGCCACUUAUAAUAAUAUUAUAAUACUUAGCAUUUCAAGCGAGAGAACUGAAAUACUUAAUGGGAACUGGAACGUGUUUAUAGAUAAUUUCCUAUCUGCAUUUUGGCUGGCUUUACCAGAAACUGCUGAAUUAUUAAUGAACGUUAAUAUAGCUUUUUUGCAGUAGGGUAACUUCCAGUCGCGUCUUC